AAAGGAAAAAAAAAAAGAAAAAAGAAUCAAUCUACUCUUGACCGAGAUUUCAGGAUGAUAAUCUUCAUUCAAUGCAACCUUACAAUUCAUAGCUGACAUCCCAGCUGAAAAACUCAUAACAAAAGUGACUAACUAAACUCACAUUCAUGGCUGGUUUAUCCAUGGCUGAAUCAGGUGGUGGCCGAGACUUGCCUUCCAAGCUUACAUGGCAGGUCUUCAUUUGCUGCAUCAUUGCAGCCUCCGGUGGUCUCAUGUUUGGUUAUGAUAUUGGCAUUUCCGGAGGAGUGACGUCAAUGGAUGAUUUCUUGGAGAAGUUCUUUCCGGCUGUUUAUCUCAAGAAGCACGAGGCAAGAGAGGAUAACUACUGCAAAUAUGAUAACCAAUUUCUUCAGCUCUUUACAUCUUCACUCUACCUUGCAGCUAUUGUUUCUAGUUUUAUAGCCUCUUUCUUUUGCAAGAAAUUCGGCCGAAAACCCACUAUUCAAGCCGCUUCCAUCUUCUUUCUUGCUGGAGCCGUUUUAAACGCUGUUUCAGUGAAACUUGGCAUGCUGAUUGCUGGAAGGAUUUGUCUAGGUGUUGGAGUUGGAUUUGGCAACCAGGCGGUGCCUUUGUUCAUAUCAGAAAUCGCACCAGCAAAAUAUAGAGGAGGCCUCAACAUUUGUUUUCAGUUUCUAAUCACAAUAGGCAUUCUGAUAGCAAAUCUGAUCAAUUAUGCUACUUCAAAAGUGCAUCCUUAUGGCUGGAGAAUUUCCCUAGGGUGCGCUGCAGUGCCUGCUAUAAUUCUCGCCAUUGGAUCUCUUGUAAUCGUGGAAACCCCCGCGAGCCUUUUAGAGCGGGGAAAGAAUGAAGAAGCUCUGCGUGUUUUAAGGAAGAUUAGAGGCGUUGACAAUGUAGACAAAGAAUAUGCAGAGAUUUUGAAUGCUAUUGAAUUGGCCAAACAAGUCAAACACCCUUUCAGAAAUCUCAUGAGUCGGUCUAAUAGGCCUCAACUUAUUUGCGGCACAGUUCUUCAAUUCUUCCAGCAGUUCACUGGAAUCAAUGUUGUGAUGUUCUAUGCCCCAGUGCUGUUUCAGACUAUGGGUUAUGGCAGUGAUGGGUCACUGCUAUCAGCUGUAGUCACUGACUUGGUCAACGCAGUAUCCACGUUGGUUGCAGUGUUUCUUGUUGAUAUUAUUGGAAGAAGGGUAUUGCUCAUAGAAGCUUGUCUUCAGAUGCUUGUUGCCCAGUCCAUAAUGGGAAGGAUUCUUGCUGUGCAUUUGAAAUCUGCCAAUAUCAUGCCGAAAGCUUCCGCAAAGCUUGUGGUCAUCUUGGUUUGUGUAUUUGUGUCUGGUUUCGCGUGGUCAUGGGGUCCUUUGGGCUGGUUGAUUCCCAGUGAAAUCUUCCCUCUGGAAACAAGAAGUGCUGGUUUCUUCUUCGCUGUUAGCAUGAACAUGUUUUGUACCUUCCUCGUUGCUCAAGCAUUCCUCACCAUGCUAUGCCACAUGCGAUCUGGGAUUUUCUUCUUCUUCGCUGCCUGGAUUGUUGUCAUGGGUAUUUUUGCUAUUUUCUUUCUUCCUGAGACGAAGGGGAUCCCAAUUGACGAAAUGAAUGAAAGGGUAUGGAAGAAGCAUUGGUUCUGGAAGAGGUACCAUAAGGAUUCUUAUAUUAACAAGAGAAGCCAGGAAAUUCAAGAUAAAUCAGAGGAAGAAUCACUAGAAUAAAAUGCGUUGUUUAAAUUAAUCGUUAUAUUUUCAUCAUUUUCCUUUGAUCUUGUUCUCUUUUUUAGGACAAUUAAUAAGUUUAUUGGUUUCC